AUGGCACAGCAAUCCUCAGCAUCGAGUAGUAACAAUCAAGCAGCAGACACAGCAGCUGAUGUUAUCAACCAACAGCAACAACAACAGCAACAACAGCAAGAAAGAAGGGCCAAAGUAAACAAAGUACAGCAAUUCUUACAUCGCAAAAUGCCCCAUUGGAAAUUGCAAACCAGAUCGAAAUUGCACAACAUAUUGGCUCGUAAGCCAACCGAGACCGAAGUUCGUGCUGAACGAGCAAGAGAACGGGAAGAGGACCAACAUCGAGGUACGCAAAUACCUUUCGAUAUGUAUGAAGACGAGCUGGUGGAUGAUAUGCAACUCGACGUCGAUCCCAUGCCUAUCCGAAGAACUAAAAGGGAAAUUAUUGAUGCUCGACUACAGCUACUACAUGAAGAUCGUACGAUAAAACGGCCGAGAUUGAAGCAUGACCAAAUCUCCUAG